AACAAUAACAUAACCAUUGCCGCUAUUCCUAUUCCAAUUUUUCGCUAUAAAAUUUCAAUUUCUCCCACCCAACCAAACCAACCAUUAUCAACAUAAAAAAUAAAAAUAAAAAUUAUUUUAUUUUUCUUUUCAUUCCUUUCUCGCACGACCCUCGGAGUAUAGAACCAUUCCUAUUUCCUACAUCUCUUCCUCCAACACCAAAUACUUCUUUUCCAUUAUUGUCCUUCCAAUCCCAACAAAAAAACAAUGGCGAACGCAGCAUCAGGAAUGGCCGUGAAUGAUGAGUGCAAGUUAAAGUUUUUGGAGCUCAAGGCGAAGAGGACCUAUCGGUAUAUCAUCUAUAAGAUUGAGGAGAAGCAGAAGCAAGUUGUUGUGGAUAAGCUUGGUGAGCCUGCUAAUGGUUAUGAUGAUUUCACUGCCAAUCUUCCUGCCGACGAGUGUCGAUAUGCUGUUUAUGAUUUUGAUUUUGUCACCGAGGAGAACUGCCAGAAAAGCAGAAUUUUCUUCAUAGCAUGGUGCCCUGAUACUUCUAGAGUAAGGAGCAAGAUGAUUUAUGCCAGCUCCAAAGAUAGGUUCAAGAGGGAACUUGAUGGAAUUCAAGUUGAAUUGCAAGCAACUGAUCCUACUGAGAUGGGUCUCGAUGUAUUCAAAAGCCGUGUCAAUUAAACUUUAGUGAUUGAAUAGGAGUUCUGAUUGGGAGCCCCAUUUAUGUGGAAAUGUCUAUAGUUUGUUGAAUGGUCAACUUGGCUAAUUACAUUAUUGAUUUUCCAAGUUUUGACAUGAAGUCUAUUGCAUCUUAAGCUUCUCUUGUGGGGCAUGUUAUGGUUUGUGACAUAUACAAUCUAUGUUUCUGUCAUUUUAAUUUCUAGUCCUGUGCUUACAAAUGAAUUAAUUAAUUAAUUUUGUAAUUGUUCCUUUGUGUGAUUGAACAAAAAUAUGGAACAAGCUAUUGUCCGAAAUAGUUUGUUGAAGGAUGAUAUGUUUUCUUUAUAAGACAAAUAAUGUAUAUUAAUUAAAGCA